CUACACAUGGCGGUUCUCACUUGCUUUAUUAAUCUUUCGAAUCUUUUUGGCACAAUAUAGUAAACGAGCCACAAAAUUAAAACACAGAAUAAUUUAUAAACCAAUUGAAACAGAUAAACAACAUAUAUAAAAGACACCCAAAAAACUAACAACUAGAAGACACUGACAAAAUAGAAACUAGUAAAUUCCCGCAAUUCCGCAAACCAAAUAUAUACCGUGGUCGUGAUUUUAUCUUGCGAAAGAUAAAGUUAAGUUACGGAAAGGUAAUUAUAGGGCUGUACAUAUGACUCAAGAUAGGUUCAUAACAAUUAUAAGUAAUUAAAUUUGGACCAUUUUUUUAAGUGGUUGCAGAUCUAAGGAUGGUGAAUUAAAUGAAUAUUUUCUAUAGUUUUAUUGAUUGGAUCAUAUUUUCUUCAUUCUAACUCGGAUUUCAAAUUUUUUUUUUGCACAGAUGGAACGAGUUCGUUGUGCUCUACAAAAUGAUAUCAAUUUGCAAUAUUUUUUUGAGAAAAAAAUUUCAUACCUCUCGUUACCAACUCCAUACCAUUUGGUAUAUCCUUCGUUUUUAGUCGUUUUUGAAAAUAUUUGCUCAGAAGGAACGAGUUCAUCAUAAUCUAUUAAUUCUAAAAAUUUCUGGGUGAAUAAAUAGAGGACCAAAAAUUAUCAUACUUUACCACUCUGGUAUGGGGGCGGUAACUUGUGAUAAACAAUGAUGAAAGUCGUAAAUGACAGUUAGUAUACUCCUACUAUCAUGUAUUCAACCUUCUUAUACUCUUUGUAUGUUUAUACAAUCACGGUACACUUUCUUACCAUAUGAUAUGCUCCUAUUUAAUAUCAUAUGGUAUUGAUUGAUAAAAAAUGCCUCAUUUUUUUCUCUAAAAAUAUAUCAAAGUGGAUAUCAUUUUAAAGAGCACAAUUAAUCUUAUUUAUCUGUGCAAAAAAAAUUUAAAUUCCGACGGAAACGAGAGAGAAAUCAUCCGUCAAAGAUGAAAGGGGAAAAAAUAAAAGGUUUUCCAUGAAAAAGAGGGAUUCUAAUGUGUACGGAUUACUCAUGAUUACUCACUCUAAAGUUACUGACCUGAUUCGCUCUUGUCAGACAUAUAAAAAUCUUUUCAUUUUUCAUUUGUGAUUUUACAGUGAUGUAUAUUUUUAUACUUUUCUAUUCUAUCGUGGUCCGUGAGCGGGCUAAAAAUCUAAUCUAAUCACAUAGUAUAAGGCAAUUGUAUAUUGACAUGUGUGGCAUUGGAAAACCACAAACCAAUUUUGGAAUGGGACGGGAGAAGUACUUCAUGUUAUCUUUUUAUGGCAACGUGUCAGUCUCAUGUUGCGUUUAUGAGAUCCUAUUUUUGGCAAAACCCACAAAACGAAUCUUGGUCCUUGGACUAGAUAGGGUUUUCUAUCUAUAAUUACUAUAUAGAAGAUUGGCAAGGCCAGGGUCGCUUCUCUCCCUCACAUAACCCUAAUCCAGCUAGCAAGCUAGAGCAGUAAAAAAAAAAAAAAAAAAAAUGAACCGUCCUGUAUCGACACUGCCAGAAUACUUUGCCCUCAAGAGCAAGUCCAACGGCAAGUACUUGAAGUACCGUCGCGACGAUCCCAAGGCACGCGCCGUGCUCCAAUUCUCCGGCGACGAGCUCGUGGAUGUUCUCGUCAAGUUCUUCUCAGAUGGAGUCACCGGGCACGAUGGGGGAAGCUCCACGACGUACCACUUGAGGUGCUGCUACAACAAGAAGUACUGGCAGAAAGCCAGCCAGGGCGAGAGCCUCAUCAUCGGAGGAGGAGACACUCCUGAUGACAACAGCACGAAGUGGUCGUGCACGCUCUUCAGGCCCGAGUUCCAGGAAGAGGGAGUCGCCAGACUGGUACACGUCCAGUCUGGCGGCUACCUCGGUCGUGGCUCCUCUGACCCUGCUGCUGGCCCCGAUUGCUUGAUCGUCGUGGCAGCAGCAGAGCGCGCGGAGGUGUGCGAGGUGGUGAACUACAGGGAGGCGGUGGUGACGCUGCCUAAGUUGGUGGCGUUCAAGGGAGACAAUGGCAAGUACCUCAAGGCUUCCCACAUUAAACCAAUUAUAAUGCAGGGUGGGAUGCUGAAGAUGAAUGCCCCUACUUACAAAACACUCCAGUUCACCGGCGAAAAACUUUCCGACCCGUCGGUGUCCCAUGAGGUGUUUGUGAACCCGGCGGAUGCUACCAUUUCCAUCAAAUCCGGUUCAGGAGGAGAUAAAGGGUUCUGGAGGCGGAACGAAUACGUGGAGAACAGGAUUUUCUUGGUGGAGUCUGAAAGUGAUCGCCCCGACUUUCACGACAAGGAAACGCUGUUUAAGGUGCACAGAUUGCACCCUUCGGAGCCGCUCUAUGGUCUUACAAGCUGCGGCGCUAAUAAUAUGCCCUGCAAGCGAGUCGAUCACCCCACGUACCGCCAUUGCCUCCGAGCACAAGACGUAGACGUGGAGCCGUACAACAAACUCUUGGUGGAGGAGCCCAUCGUUUGGAGGCGCAUGUACGAGGCUGAUUUCAAGACGGCGGACGCCAGAGUCUACCCGGUGGAGCAGCCAAAAGUCGAGGUGCUGAUUCAUCCAAACGAGACCACACAAGUCUCCAAGGUGAAAGUACAGGUUGGGAAGACAGAGAGCCAUGCUACUUCUUGGAGCAACAGUUAUGGCUGGAAGAUAGGCGGCUCCGUUGAGCUGACCACGGAUUUCACAGGGAUUCCGCUCGUGAAGGAAGCAAAAGUCGUGGUUUCGGGCGAGCAUUCGGAGGAAAAAACCGAAGGAGGAUCCCAGGAAGAGAGCAAGAGCUCGGCGGUUGAGGUCGAGAUCCCCGUGCCUCCUAAGAAACAGUUGAGAAUUACGACGACGGUGACCAAGACGGCCUGUGACGUCCCUUUCGAUUACUCGUACACCGAAAUGCGUCACGAUGGCACGACGGCGGACCUGCGGGUCCAAGACGGCCUCUUCACUACUACCACAUCCACGACGGUGGUUGCGACCAAAGAAGAAGAGCUGGGGACCAAGUGAUACAUAUACCACUAGCUUUAACAUGAAAGUUAUAGAUUCGAAUCCCGUUAGUAGGGGUUCACAUCAGGUGAUUAGGAGUUCUUUAGCCACGUGAUUAAGUCAAUCUCAAUUAUUGAAUUUUAUUAAAAUCUAAUGGUUCAAAUAAAUAGGUUAAUGAAAAGUAAGGUAGUAAUUACAUAAUUUAUUUAUUUAACCAUUAAAAUAACAAACAAAAAAGUUGGGCCACUGGCGCAACCGCUGUUCCUCUCCUCCCGGCGGCCGAUUAUUUUUCCCCGAUGCCGUUGGGAUAUUUGGCCCGCCAUUUUUUUUGCCCGCCGGCUAGUUGCUUACGGGGAAAUCUCCCGCCAUAAUGGAGACAUCACUUUUGCUGGGGAAUUCCACGAGAGAGAGUGUAGGGAUGGAGCCUUUUGGAUGAAACUCCUCUAUGUAGGGAUGGAGCCUCCAAAGUCAACUCGGAUGUUUUUUCUAGUUUGUAUGGAUUGUCGAUUUAGUUUAUCAUUUUUGUCCACCAUGUUCGUAAUGUUUGUGUGUCUAAGAAACAACCGGGUUGACUUUGGAACGGAGACCACUAUAUAGGGAUGGAGCCUCUAAAGUCAACCCGAUUGUUUUUUUUUUGUAUGUUUUGUAUUGUUUGUCGAUCCAGUUUGUAUUCUUUGUACAUUUCAAACAUUUGUAAUGUUUGUAUGUUUUGUCGUUGUAGUUUGUACUGUUUGUAUGGUUUGUACUAAUUAUAAGUUGGGUUUGCAUACUUUAUAAUUUUUCAUAAUACCCAAACUACCCCUAUCAUUAAUUAAAUAGCCCUUCCAACUUUUUAACCAUUAGAUUGUUGUGUCCAGAUCUAAGGGUUGGGAGAGGCUUAGUCAAGUGACUAAGCACCCCCUUUAGUCACAGGAUCCGGACUCCCGUUAGUAGCACCUAAGUAUUCUUUUAAAAAAGGCGCUCGGGUGUUUUCUCAAUUUCCUUUUCAAGAAUCCCUAUGCGUACAUACAUCACUGCAAUGUUGUUAUAAUUCGCGACCGUCUUCAUUGUGGGAUUUUUCCAGAAAUAGCACCUUUAAAAAAUUUACAAAAAUAGCACCCAAUCCAUAGAAAUUACAAAAAUAACACCCUUUUUUAAAAACCGCACCUUAGAGGUGCGGUUUGAUUGUGAAUUGCACCCCCUGGUGCGGUUUGUAUGUAAACCGUACCCCCAAGGUGCGGUUUAGCAUUCUGGGCCAAAACCGCAUCUUGCCCAUGCGGUUUGUGUGUCUGACCUAACCAAACCGCAUGGCCUAGAUGCGGUCUUGUGGCGACCUAGCAAAACCGCACUUUGGGGAUGCGGUUUUGCUUCUCCAAAACAAACCGCACCCUCAAACUACGGUUUUGGCAACACAAACCGCACCCCCCUAAUGCGGUUCGUGUGUCAUUUAUUUUCUGACACCAAACAUAUAGCCAUGCAGAUUGACAGACGUGUGGGCUGCAUGACAGAUGAAAAUCACACUUCUAAGGUGCGGUUUUCAUUGAUGAUUUUGCCUAUAAAAACAGUCUGGGAAA